AGUGUUCUCUCUCUCUAGAACACAAGUUUGCCUUGUCCGAGCCAGAACGGCCCGUAUAUCGCCUGUUUCUGCAGCGUGAGGCAGCUUGAUGUACAAGUACACCUCAUGAACAGGACGCUAGAAUGAUAAAACAACAUGAAGGAGGUUUAGACAUCAAAUGUCAUCUUAAGAUUCUCCAGGAAGUGUUACUGUAACCAGGUUGUGUAUGUGCUCUGGGAGCCAGAUGAAACCUCCAGUGAAUGGAUGGAACUGAAUGGAACCAUUUGGAACAGUUGACUGCAUUUUGGUUGGCUCCCAUGUACAGUACACUUCCUGGUAUCGUUCGAAUCAAAGCCUUUUCUCCCAUUCUAGGCACAAGGCCAGAGAGAUUCCACUCUCGUCUCUAUCCAUUCGAAACACACACACACACACACACACACACACACACACACACACACACACACACACACACACACACACACACACACACACACACACACACACACACACACACACACACACACACACACACACACACACACACACACACAGUGACUGGGCCAUCCAGCUGCCGACCUCCUGACCUCCCUCAUCUCUUCCUGUUCUGUUCCCUCACAGUCUCUCCUUUCAGAGACAUGGAAUGUGGCCCAAAUGGCACCAUAUUCCCUAUAUAGUGCACUACUGGUCAAAAGUAGUGCACUAUAUAGGGUAUAGGGUGCCAUUUGGGAGGGAGGCAGGGUUAUAGGGUAGUUGAGUGCCUGAGCUGUUCACUGCUUUGAUGGAGUCUGACUCCAGAUUAUUCAAAAAACUCAUUGUUUUGUUCCUCUCUGGCCCCCUCUUCCAUUCUCUCACACUCUCCCUCCCACCCACACACAAUCCACCCCUCUCUUUUUCCAUCCAACCUUCCUAACCUCCUUUUUUCCCAUAUCCUUAUUUCUCGCUCUUUACAUUUACUUAUUCACUACAUUACAUUUGUUUUUAUUUAUGACGGACAAAUAUUAAAAGCUCUUUAUAAAUAAAUAUACAUGAUUAUUUUCUCUCCCUCCCUCUUUUUCCCUCUCUCUGAACAUCUCCCUGGUGUCAGAAGGGAUGACGUCUUUAUUUGUAAUUUGAGUAGCCUAGCUACAUAUCUCUGUUCUUUCUGACAAGGAAUUUUCAGUACACGGAAGACUUCGGUCCAACGGCCACAAAUAUACCAUCAUCAUGUUCGUCAACAUGUCAUUGCUUUCACUGACAAUUGACAGCAACAGGGUGAACUUUUUUGCCUAAACAACCCAAGGUCUUUACAAAUAGUGAAUUAAAUCUACUGUAUCUGGUCGAUGAACAAGUGUAUGCACAAUUGUCAUUUUGCGCCACCAAAAGAGACUUGUAUUUGGAUCAAUAUAUGGCUUUGCUACCACCUAGUGGACAUGACCAGUUGUAAAACAAAAGCAACAAAAUAAUCUGGCCAUUCAUCUCGCGCGCCCUCCAACGGUUGUGUUGGUUUGUUGACAAGCUCUAAUACCUUGAUGAGCAAACUAGUUUGCUUACAUGAACUAACUGUUCAAUGUUUGUAAAGUAACGUGAUACUAUAGAAAGCUAUGGAGAAAACCCCAGCGAGGGAUCUCAGCCUAAAACCGAUCGUGAUCGCAGGCCCUGUGAUCAGGGACAAGAAGUUUCUGCAAUGGCUGGGCAAGGUCCUAGAGCUCAGCUGGCUUCGGAACAAGGACAUGGAGGAGCGCAAGGGACUGUUGGGAGAGUUGCUUCCCUCCUUCGCUAACGGAGCUGUAGAGAACAACGACUUCCUCUCCCUCCAGGAGAUCCUAGAAAAUAUGGAUGUGAACUGUGGGGACUAUGACGGCACCAAACCCCUGCUGAAGGCCUGUGAGAUCGGUAACCUGGACAUGGUCAAGUACCUGCUGGCCAAAGGAGCCUCCCAGCAUUUGAAAGACCGCUUCGGAAACACACCCCUACGCCUGGCCAUUAUCAACAGGCAUUAUGACGUCAUCAAGUUCCUGAGGAUGAGAGAGGCGUCACUGGCUAUGCCCGCAGUGAGGAUCGGCGUGGAGCUGCUGCAGGCGGUGGCCAAGAAAGACUACCAGCUGCUUCAUGCCUGGGCACUGUCUGGAGUAGACAUGGACUCUAAGGACUACAAUGGACGCACGGCCAUGCACCUGGCUGUCAAGAUGAGGGACACAGUCAUGGUCCGCAGGCUGCUGGAGUAUGGGGCAACCCCGCUGGAGAUAGAUAUCUGGGGCCAGACUCCGGUGGACGAGGCCCGUAAAGGCAACAUGUUGAGGAUCAUGCUGGUGUUCCACCCCCUCUUCACUGAGCAGCUCACCACCAAGCUGGCCUACCUGACCUGCAAGGCCCAAGCCCAGAGGAACAAGUAAUGGAAGAAGACCCUGUAUGUGUCCCAAAUGGCACCCUAUUCCCUAUAUAGUGCACUACUUUUGACCAGGGCCAUAGGUAAUAAAGUAAACACCGGGCACAUGAUAACAGUUGAAUAAAUC